CGAACGAGCAGGUGAGGCUGCGGAGUCACUAUCAGUCGCCGCAGCGCUCCUCUCCUCAAACCUCGUUGGCGCUUCUUUUCGGUUCCGGCUGUGACAGCAACCGCAGGCGGCAGCAGAAACGUUGGCCCCGGGUAGCGAGGCUUGUGGUAGCCAGGGCGAGGCCUGGAUCGAAGGACGGCAAAUACUUCUCGGACACGGCGCGCCGGUCCGAAUCUGGCCAUCUACGUUGCAACGACUCACGCCGACGCGCCGUUCCACGUCUCUCAUGGCUUCCCACUCCCGAAGACCGAGCCGUGCAACUGUUGCUACCCUGGCCACGCUGCGGCUGCCCCUGCUCGUAAUCCUCCAGCUGGCGCUCGGGCCGGUCGCCUCCUCGUGUCCGAAGAAGGACGCCCUGCGGCCGUGCAGCUGCUUCAGCUUCCAGAACUACGUGCGCGUCGAGUGCAAGGACGUGGACCGGCGGGCGCUCAAGAACGCGCUCACGACGCUCCGCGGCGCGUUCGUCUUCGAGUUCGAGCUGUCCAAGUACAACCUCAAGGACGUGCCCUCGGACGUGUUCAGCGGCGUUCGCGUCACCGAGCUGUACACGUACAUGGCCGACUUCACCAACGUCUGCAACAGUAGCAACCUGUUCGACGGCUUCGACGACAACCUGACCAUGAUCGAGAUAAGGCGCGCCAAGGGACUCGAGCACCUGCACUGGAGCGCCCUGGGACGCCUGAAGAACCUGCAGCGGCUGUUCGUGUUCUCAUCGGACUUCCCCAGGCUUCACAAGAGCUUCUCGCUCAUGCCCAAGAGCCUGACGCACGUCAUGGUGCAAGGCGGAAGCCUCGAGCACGUCGACGAAGGCGCCUUCGCCGGCCUCGAAAUUCGGGACCUGGAGAUAUCGUUCACCAGGUUGGACAAGAUCACCAGGAACGUCUUCCCGACGCCGGCUACCAGUCUCAGCGUCCUGUCUCUCAGGCACAACAGGAUACGCUCUCUACCGGAGGACAUGUUCAGCGACAUGCCCGCCGACAUGCCCGCCCUGACACUGCUGGACGUGAGCAACAACUACUUGCAGACGCUCUCCGAGAGCUCCAUGGCGCCCGUUCUCAGAAACCUCAGGCUGCUGGAGAUGAGCAAUAACCAGUACUACUGCGACUGCAACCUGACGUGGGUGGGCCGGGCGUUCACCAACUCCAACUACCUGGACCGGUUCUGGCAGCGCAACGACAUCACGUGCAACGCACCGCCUCACCUGUACGGCACGGAUGUCUUGACGCUCACGGAUGAGAACCUGGCCUGCGCUAACCUGGUCCCGCUCAGCACGCAAUGACACUAUCCUCUCACCUACUGAGGGUCGACAAUGCCAGCUAGUCUUUCACGUAAGACCUCCUCAGUGCGGCCAACAGUCGCCCGGCCGUGUGUGUAUUUAUAAGCACAACGCCGAGCCUGCUGCAGACCACCUUCCCUGACCGAGGAGUGUUUACGACAUUGCUCCGUGCCGCGUCACCAGUUGCGAGGGCGCACGCACUGCACGUGCGUUGUCGUAUAGCGCCAGUUCUCGUGCGCUACGUGUACAACAAACAGCGCCUAGCAAUACGACGAUGCCGGUCCAAGCUGUUUUGUGCAGACGCGAGCAGUUUUGUGUACAGUGCGUGCAUCGGCGCCAAAAACAGCCCGUUGUUGGCAGUCGUGGAUCUGUGAUAGAAUGGGACACUACGCCACAUCGCGAUGCAUCGCAGUGAUGUUGAUCUGUCUCGCCACGUCAGCCGUUGAACUUUUCAUACAUCGUAUGUAAAACAUCACGCUAUAUACUAUACUGUGCAUCCCCCUUCUACCGCAUGUCCUUUGUCAUCUUCUCGUUGUGUUUUCUUCGGUGACACUACGCAGCGUCAAACGCAAGAACUGUGCACCACGAGUUUCUUUUUUUUUUUCCUCUUCAAAGCAGACAUGUUGCCAGACAAGCGGCUGGAUUGUGCCAGAACGCGCGAGACCCGCCAGGACCUUGCCGCUGAGGUUAUGUACACUGUCGAUGGAUAACUUUCUCGCGUGUUCUCUAGUUUUCACGACACGAAAUAAUCUUCAACGUUUAGCUAAGUGGAGUGGCGAACAUGAUGUCAUUAGAAAGUAGCUUACCGUGUGUGUUCAAGUGUUG